AAAGAAUUUGAUAUUAUUAUAUUAUCAAAUCAAUUUACAGUCUGUUCUUCCCAAACUGUCCCCAUUCACAUUUCACCACUAUAUAUAAAUAAAACCCUCAUUCCCUUUCUCUGCAAUUGAUAUAGCCAUGGACGUUCUAAGCUCACUCAUGACCUUCUUCUUCUUCCUCACUCUCUUUCUCUCUUCACCUCUCACAUCCCAAACCCUCACUCCCAACUGCGCCGCCGCCGUCUCCGGCAGCACAUCUACCCUCCGUGUAUUCCACGUUGACAGUCCCUGUUCCCCAUUCCGCACCAAGCAGACACCUUCAUGGGAGGAAACUGUCCUGAAAUCGCAGUCAAAUGACCAUGAGAGGCUACAAUACUUGGUCAGCCUCGUCGCCGGUAAAUCGUUUGUCCCCAUUGCUUCCGGCAGACAACAGCCGGUGCAAAGUCCGACGUAUGUCGUGAAGGCUAGUGUCGGUACGCCGCCGCAGAGCUUCUUGUUGGCUGUAGAUACAAGCAAUGACGCCGCUUGGAUUCCUUGCGGUGGCUGCGUUGGUUGUUCCUCAACCGUAUUCACGUCGGAGCUUUCUACCUCUUAUAAAACACUCGGUUGCCAGGAUUCUCACUGCCAGCAGGUGACAAAUCCGAUUUGCUCGGUUACCGGAUCUUGCAGUUUCAAUAUCACAUACGGCGGUUCAACAGUCGCCGCGAAUCUCUCACAAGACACGGUUAAUCUCGCCGGAGACAACAUCACCGGAUACACCUUCGGCUGUAUCCAAAAGGUCACCGGCACAUCCGUUCCGCCGCAAGGACUUCUCGGCCUAGGCCGUGGACCGCUAUCACUUCUUUCACAGAGCCAAAACUUAUACCAAUCGACCUUCUCUUACUGUCUACCUAGUUACAAAUCCCUAAACUUCUCCGGCACACUCCGUCUAGGUUUAAUUGCUCAACCAAAAACAAUCAAAUACACACCUCUCCUUAAGAAUCCAAGGAGAUCAUCUCUAUAUUACGUCGAUCUGUUAGCAAUCAAAGUCGGACGGAACACUGUAGCCAUUCCGCCGAGUUCUCUCUCAUUCAAUACCACCACCGGCGCCGGAACAAUCAUCGAUUCCGGAACUGUGUUCACGAGGCUGGUGCAACCGGCGUAUGAGGCGGUGAGAGAUGAAUUCCGACGAAGGAUGGGGACGGCGACGGUUAUAUCGUUGGGAGGAUUUGAUACAUGUUAUACAGUUCCGGUGACUAUACCGUCAAUUACGUUUUUGUUUGCUGGUUUGAAUGUGACUUUGCCACAGGAUAACUUCCUCAUUCAUAGUAGCUCCGGCAGCACUACUUGCCUUGCCAUGGCGGCUUCUCCGGCGAAUGUGAAUUCAGUUUUGAAUGUGGUUGCAAGUUUUCAGCAACAGAAUCAUCGGUAUCUUUUUGAUAUUCCUAAUAACCGUCUUGGAAUUUCUAGGGAAGCUUGCUCUUAAUUAAAUAUUAUUAAUUAAUUAAUUAUGGAUUUGUAGUUAUAUUAAUUUAUCUGCUUUUUUUUUUGUAUUUUGUGUCAUUUUCUUUUUUGUGGUAAGAAUAUUUAUUGAGCUUUAUUAAUAUAUGUUUUUUAUAUAUAAAUUAGAGUUUAUUAUUUGGAUUAAGUUGGAUGAUUUACAGUUCUAUUAGAUAUUUUUUGAAUUGUUUUUUUUAAUAAUUAUAUGAU